AUGCUGUAUCUCGUUGGUCUCGGUUUGUCCGACGAGACAGACAUCACUGUCAAAGGUCUCGAGGUCGUCAGGAAGGCCUCCAGGGUUUAUCUCGAAGCCUACACCAGCAUCCUCCUCGUUGACAAGGCCGUCUUAGAGAGCUACUAUGGCCGCGAAAUCGUAGUGGCCGACCGCGAAAUGGUCGAGUCCAACAGCGACGAAAUCCUCCGCAACGCCCAGACCGAAGACGUCGCCUUUUGCGUCGUCGGAGACCCCUUUGGUGCGACGACACACACCGACCUUGUCCUGCGCGCGCGCGAGCUCGAGAUUCCUGUCCGCACCGUCCCCAACGCCUCGAUUAUGUCCGGAAUCGGCGCCACUGGUCUGCAGCUAUACAACUUUGGCCAGACCGUUUCCAUGGUUUUCUUCACCGAGACGUGGAAGCCCGCUUCGUUCUACGACCGCAUCAAGGAGAACCGCGAUAUCGGUCUGCACACAUUAGUGCUGCUUGACAUCAAAGUGAAGGAGCAGAGCUUGGAAGAUAUGGCACGAGGGCGGAGGGUGUACCAGCCGCCGCGGUAUAUGACCGUUGGGCAGUGCGCCGCGCAGAUGCUGGAGAUUGAGGAGGACAAGAAAGAGGGUGUCUACACCGCUGACAGCUUGGCAAUUGGAGCAGCCCGUGUAGGUGGCAAGACUGAGAAGUUUGUCGCCGGCACGUUGAAGGAGCUGUGCGACACGGACGAGAUCUUAGGAGGCCCCUUGCACAGCAUGGUUCUGCUCGGAAGGAGGGCACACGAACUUGAGCGCGAUUAUAUCCGUGAGUUUGCGGUUAACAAGGAGACGUUCGACGAAAACUGGAACGCAGAGUAUGGGAAGCAAUAG